AUGGAGCCUCUGGAAUCAGUGACGUUUGAAGAUGUAGCGAUCAACUUCACCCAGGAAGAGUGGGCCCUGCUGGACACAUCCCAGAAAACCCUGUUCAGAAACGUGAUGCUGGAAAAUAUCACCCACCUGGUCUCCGUAGGGUAUCAGAUCAGCAAAUCAGAUGUGAUUUCCCAGCUCGAACAAGGAAAAGAGCUGAGGAAACGUAAUGUCAUCAAACAGUGUGGAAAUUCACUUAGUCAAGGGUCAUUCCUUGACGGACAGGGUCACAUUCACACUAGAGGUAAAUCAUGUGAAUGUCCUUUCUGUGGGAAAGCCUUUAGUAAUUCCUCUAGCCUCAGACGACACAAGAUGAUUCAUACUGGAGAGAAACCAUAUAAAUGUCAUCUCUGUGGAAGUGGCUUUUUUCAAAGUUCUAACCUUAGAAAUCACAAGCGGAUCCACACUGGAGAGAAACCAUAUAAAUGUCAUGUGUGUGGGAAAGUCUUCAGUCAAAGUUCCUACCUGAAAGAACAUGAGAAAAUUCACACAGGAGAGAAAGAGAAGCACUAUGAAUGUCAUCAGUGUGGGAAAGCCUUUAGUCAGAGCUCUGGACUUAGUCAGCACAAGAGAAUCCACACUGGAGAGAAACCACACAUAUGUCUUCUGUGUGGGAAGGCCUUCAGUCACAGUUCUGAAUUGACUCGGCACAAAAGGACCCACACAGGAGAGAAACCCUAUAAAUGUCAGCAGUUCCCCGUGGGCUGCAUCCAUGCCUGCGGGGUCAGCCCCAGGGAUGUCGGUGCCCCUCCCGGUGACGGUCCCCCACGGUCUCCUUCCAAUGAGGUCUUCUGGACGUAA